AUGGUGCGGUACAGCAAGCUCGCCUUUCGCCAGACGGUGCACCACUACGGCGUGGACCUGUGCUGGACGCCCAUGAUCCUGGCCAAGGAGUUUAACCGCAGCAGCUUUGCGCGAGACAGCGACCUCACCAUAGGAACCGACGGCCCGCAGCCCGUCACCAUCCUGCAGUUUGGCGCCAACGACCCGACGGAGCUCUCCCGCGCCACCGCGCUCGCCGCGCCGAACGUCGCCGGCGUGGACCUCAACUGCGGGUGCCCGCAGGGCUGGGCCUGCGCCGAGACGCUCGGCGCAGCGCUGAUGGAUCGUCGCGAGCUGGUGCGCGACAUGGUGGUGGCGACGCGCGGCCGGCUGGCGCGCGACGGCUGGGACGUCGGCCUGGACGAGGAUCGGGAGAGCCCGAGGGGCCGCAGCGUGAGUGUCAAGAUACGGGUGCACAACGACCUGAGAAAGACGAUGGACUUCAUCGACACGGUCAUCGGGGACCCUCACCACCGCAACAUUGACUGGCUCACCAUCCACCCGCGCACGCGGCACACUCCGUCCACCACGCCCAUCCGCACCGAGGCCCUCGAGAUCCUCACCGAGCGGUACGCCGGGACCCUGCCCAUCCUCCUCUCCGGCGACGUCUUCGACCUCUCCGCCCUCCCCGUCCGCCCCGUCACCCCGGACCUCCCCACGCUCACCAUCAAAGACGAGGAUGACGCCCCCGCCGUCACCCCUAAACCCAGCAACACGCGGCUCUCGGGCUUCAUGUCCGCGCGCGGGCUCCUCGCCAACCCCGCGCUCUUCGCCGGGCACGCCGCGUGCCCGUGGGAGGCCGUCGAGCACUUCGCGUGCCGCGCCGCGCGCGCCCCGCUGCCGCUCAAACUCGCGGUGCACCACGUGCAGGAGAUGUGCGGCCCCGGGCUGGGUGCGGACAAGGGCGCGCUGCUGAGCAGGCGCGAGAGGCAGGCAUUUGCCCGCAUGACGGACGUGACGGAGCUGAUGGACUUUCUGGACGACAAGAUUGCGGAGCACAAGGGCCAGACGACGGGGCUACGGAGGGACUUAUGA